AUGACGACACACGUACGACGCAAGCCCGCAGGACCGUCGCUUCCGGCCUCGGCGGCCCUAGCGCCGCGCGACGGGGUAGGUCGUCUGGCUUUGAGCGGUAUGCGGUGCUGAGGAGCGGCGGUCUCCACGACGGCGUCAUGAACCUCCUGCCGUGUAACCCCCACGGCAACGGGCUGCUGUAUGCCGGCUUCAACCAGGACCACGGGUGUUUUGCAUGUGGAAUGGAGAAUGGAUUCCGAGUCUAUAACACCGAUCCACUCAAAGAAAAAGAAAAGCAAGAAUUUUUAGAAGGAGGAGUUGGCCAUGUGGAAAUGCUAUUUCGCUGUAACUACUUAGCUUUAGUCGGUGGUGGAAAAAAACCGAAGUACCCUCCCAACAAAGUGAUGAUCUGGGAUGACCUGAAGAAGAAGACCGUCAUCGAGAUCGAGUUCUCCACAGAGGUCAAGGCCGUCAAGCUGCGGAGAGACAGAAUUGUGGUGGUUUUGGACUCGAUGAUUAAGGUGUUCACAUUCACACACAAUCCCCAUCAGUUGCACGUCUUUGAAACCUGCUAUAACCCUAAAGGCCUCUGUGUCCUCUGUCCCAACAGUAACAACUCCCUUCUUGCCUUCCCCGGCACUCACACUGGCCAUGUACAACUUGUGGACCUGGCCAGCACCGAAAAACCACCAGUGGACAUUCCUGCACAUGAGGGUGUCCUGAGCUGUAUUGCUCUCAACCUGCAGGGAACAAGAAUUGCAACUGCAUCUGAAAAAGGGACCCUUAUAAGAAUAUUUGAUACUUCAUCAGGGCAUUUAAUCCAGGAGCUACGAAGAGGAUCUCAAGCCGCCAAUAUCUAUUGCAUCAACUUCAAUCAGGACGCCUCUCUGAUCUGUGUGUCCAGCGAUCAUGGCACUGUGCACAUUUUUGCAGCUGAAGAUCCAAAAAGGAAUAAACAGUCAAGUUUGGCAUCAGCCAGUUUCCUUCCAAAAUACUUCAGCUCCAAGUGGAGUUUUUCCAAGUUUCAGGUUCCCUCGGGCUCUCCGUGCAUCUGUGCCUUUGGAACAGAGCCCAAUGCAGUCAUUGCUAUCUGUGCAGAUGGCAGCUACUACAAGUUCCUGUUCAGUCCCAAGGGCGAGUGUGUCCGGGACGUGUGUGCACAAUUCCUGGAGAUGACCGAUGACAAGCUGUGACUGUGACUGUGCCUGUGAGUGCAGCUGAUGCCACCGCCCAGCGCCCUCUGGAUUCCUGGGGCUGGUGCCAGUGCCCCAGGCCCGCCAGGGAGGGGCUCAAGGACUCUCUCGAGGACCUUGGUCUUGAAGCCAUACGUGGUUGUCUGCCUUCCUGAUCAAGCCUUCUCAUUCCCAUAGUAAAGGAAUCACCGCGGUCUGCACACCCUGGCUCUGGGCGUCUUGUGCCAUUGCUGGCCACUACCCUUUAAUUCAACUGUGAUGUUAGCGUUAGUGGUCCCACUUUCAUGCCUGUAGGCCUCCUGCAGUCCCUGGGGACUAUCCCAGCACGAAUCGGCGGAAGCUUGUAGGAGUGAGCGUGCCAGGGCUUACAUCAAUACAAUUUCCAUAGGGUAACACUAGCAUCUCACCCAGCAAAGUGGUCCCUGCCACACGUGAGGAGCACCACAGAGUACACACUAGGGUGCCCUGAUCUCUUUGGGCCAUUAGAGUGAGUCAUUCUGCCAGAGAGCAGAAUGCUUGUGGCACCUCCUUGAGGCUCAGUCCUCGGGCUGCAGGGGGCAGGGGCAGGGGCAGGGUCUCCUGUUUAGUUUGGGUUAAAGCAGAACUUCCCAUUACCUGUAGGGAACAGAGUAAGACAGACUUUAAAAUUAGUCCCAGAAGAAAGCGUUCUUUGACUUUGGGGCCUUCUCAGCGCCGCGUCCGCGUGCCUCUAGCUACCGGUGUGGAGGGGGCUGCCUUGGCCUGUGGCGUCUAGCCCGCCUCAUCUCUCCCAGCAUCCACAGGGAACACACUAACACUGGGGAUGGCAGGCACAUCCUGGUACUGAUGCGGACUAUAGAUUCCGGGUUCUGUACCACCUGAGCUAUAUGUUUAGUUUUUUGUUUUUUUUUUUUUCCUUCUUUUUUAAUGUAUCUUCUAAGAAUCUCAGUUUUGCGGUUUUGAUUUCAGGUUGCAAACAUUUAAAUUGUGCACAGCAGCAGGUUCUCAGUUCUGCCAGUCCCUUCAUGCUCCUGUACUCAGCUAACUGUGGAUUUGAUGUCAAGUAUGCAUGUUACCUUAUGUGUAUUUAAUCAUGAAACUUAAUUUUGCACACUUGUUUGUACUGUUUUCUUUUAAAUAAAAGUGACUAAUUUUGUUGUAUUCUA